UGGGCGCGCGUUGCCGGAGGGUGGGUUGGGCGGGAGUGGUUCCGCGGCACGCGCGGAGAAGCUUCGACCUCGCCGAGGGGAGCCGAGAGGGGCGAGCGCAUGUUACUCCAGCGCGCCCGAGAGUUGCCGGGGUUGGCGGCAGGGGAGGCGAGAAAGGAAACCACCCCUACUCCUAAUCCCCCGCCUACAGAAGAAGAGAAAACAGAAUCUAAUCAGGAGGUUGCUAACCCAGAACACUAUAUUAAACAUCCUUUACAGAACAGAUGGGCACUCUGGUUUUUUAAAAAUGAUAAAAGCAAAACUUGGCAAGCAAACCUUCGGCUGAUCUCUAAGUUUGAUACUGUUGAAGACUUUUGGGCUCUGUACAACCACAUCCAGUUGUCUAGUAAUUUAAUGCCUGGCUGUGACUACUCACUUUUUAAGGAUGGUAUUGAGCCUAUGUGGGAAGAUGAGAAAAACAAACGAGGAGGACGAUGGCUAAUUACAUUGAACAAGCAGCAGAGACGAAGUGACCUGGAUCGCUUUUGGCUAGAGACACUGCUGUGCCUUAUUGGAGAAUCUUUUGAUGACUACAGUGAUGAUGUAUGUGGAGCUGUUGUUAAUGUUAGAGCUAAAGGUGAUAAGAUAGCAAUAUGGACUACUGAAUGUGAAAACAGAGAGGCUGUUACACAUAUAGGGAGGGUAUACAAGGAAAGGUUAGGACUUCCUCCAAAGAUAGUGAUUGGUUAUCAGUCCCAUGCAGACACAGCUACUAAGAGCGGCUCCACCACUAAAAAUAGGUUUGUUGUUUAAGAAGACACCUUCUGAGUAUUCUCAUAGGAGACUGCGUCAAGCAAUCGAGAUUUGGGAGCUGAACCAAAGCCUCUUCAAAAGCAGAGUGGACUGCAUUUAAAUUUGAUUUCCAUCUAAAUGUUGCUAAGAUAUAAGAGAAGUCUCAUUCGCCUUUGUCUUGUACUUCUGUGUUCAUAUUUUUUUUUUUUUUAAAUUUUGGCUAGAGUGUCCACUAUCCCAAUCAAAGAAUUACAGUACACAUCAUCCCCAGAAUCCAUAAGUGUGUUCCUGGCCCACUCUGUAAUAGCUUAGUAGAAUUACCAUUACAAACACAUUUUACCUAUCCACAAUAUUCAAAAAAGAACUUGCAUUUCUAUACCUUACAGGAAAAAAAUUUUGUUUAUGUUCCAUUGUAUGCAGGAGCAUAUUUUGCUGGUUUGAAAGAGUAUGAUGCAUACAGUUUUCUAGCAAUUUUCUUUGUUUCUUUUUACAGCAUUGUCUUUGCUGUACUCUUGCUGAUGGCUGCUAGAUUUUAAUUUAUUUGUUUCCCUACUUGAUAACAUUAGUGAUUCUGAUUUCAGUUUUUCAUUUGUUUUGCUUUUGUUUUUUUUCCUCAUGUAACAUUGGUGAAGGAUCCAGGAAUAUGACACAAAGGUGGAAUAAACAUUAAUUUUGUGCAUUCUUUGGUAAUUUUUUUGUUUUUUUGUAACUACAAAGCUUUGCUACAAAUUUAUGCAUUUCAUUCAAAUCAGUGAUCUAUGUUUGUGUGAUUUCCUAAACAUAAUUGUGGAUUAUAAAAAAUGUAACAUCAUAAUUACAUUCCUAAUUAGAAUUAGUAUGUCUGUUUUUGUAUCUUUAUGCUGUAUUUUAACACUUUGUAUUACUUAGGUUAUUUUGCUUUGGUUAAAAAAUGGCUCAAGUAGAAAAGCGGUCCCAUUCAUAUUAAGACAGUGUACAAAACUGUAAAUAAAAUGUGUACAGUGAAUUGUCUUUUAGACAACUAGAUUUGUCCUUUUAUUUCUCCAUCUCUAUAGAAGGAAUUUGUACCUCUUAUUGCCAGGCAGUCUCUAUUGUGUCUUCUUGUAGUGUCUUCCACGUGAACAGCAUAAGUUUGGAGCACUAGUUUUGAUUAUUAUGUUUAUUAAAAUUUUUAAUAAAUUGAAUAGGUAGCACCAUAUGUAUGGAAUUAAAUUGAUGUGGCUAUCUUUGUUUUUUAUGCAGGAAGGCAUGGUCCUUCGGUCUUAGAUAAAUAAUAUACUCCUAACAUGUUAAAACUCAAGAGAAUUAUUAUCUCGGUGCAUUACCAUUUGAUCGGAAUGGUAGUUGUAAAACUUGGUUGCUGAAUUGAGAUGUUCUGUUGUGUCAAUAUGAUAGCAUAGGGAAAGAGUACAGAUGGUAGGGAUAUAUACAUUAAGAAUUUUGUUAGUGUUACUGUCUAAAUAGAAUGGAAUAAAUAGGUAUGAAGACUUAUAUUUAUAUUGGUAAAUUGGUGUAAUGUGGUUUUAUGUAAAUUUGAAAACUUGAUCUACUCUUUGUAGGCAUUUGAAAGCACAUGUGAAAAACUUUGUACAUAAUAGAUAACUGUGUAUUUCUGAUAAGAUAAAAUGAAAUAUGGCUGUUAUAGACAAAAAGGUAAGCUGAACUUACAGAUAGAAUGAAAAUCAUUAGAUAAGAGGAAAAUUUGUCUUUAAAUGGUGAUUAUGAAUUAAUUUAAAAAUAAGUUUGACAAAAAUCCUAUGUAUAGUAAACAUGAAAUUAAUAGUAUUGAUUUCAUUGAAGAAUUUAAAAACAGCUUAAAGGGUACCACAGGCUACUAUCUGAGUACUCUCAAUACCACAAACUUAAUAUUCUUACUUAGUAUUUUAGAAAUACAGAAUCUUUUGUGUUUAUAUUCUCUAUAGACUGUACCUGAUAUCUGCUGCUUAAGCUUGGGUGAUUGGUUAAGGUGAUUUAUUGUCUGUUGAUAUGUAGUUGUGAGCACUACAAGAGCUUAUAUAUACAUGAUGGUGGUGGUGGUGUGUUGACAGUGGGUGCGAUUGGAGUAAUAUAUUAGGAAUCAGUGCUCUGUUUCCUUAAUUCUAAGGUGUAGUCCAUUUUAAGAAGCAUCAGCUUUCAGGAGUGGAGGAGGAAUAAUGAAUUAAAUGUACACAUUUCUAAACUUGUUUUUAAAACCUGAUUUAUAAUACUUAUUUGAUUAUCCUUAUUCUCAUCAUUUUAGAAUCGUAAUCAGUUUUAUUUUAAGUCUUCUCCCAGUGGGUGGGGAGGAUGAUGAAUUACUGAGUCACUUUUGGCAGAUGCCACAUAAGUAUUACAGUGACUUGCAACUUUUCAUAACUUCAUUAGCAUCUUUUCUAAAUAUAAGAUUAGACUGUACAUGAUUUUCUAUCUUUUUCUCCCUGUCCAACAGAUUAUAAAUAAAUAUAUUUUCAUAAUAGAGAAUUAAAAUCUUUUAACAAAAGAAUUGUAAUUAAUUGUAGGGAUGUGACAUAUUUAACCAAUUUAAUUGUUUAUUCAGUUCAAGAGAAGGCUUUGAGACAUACUGUGUAAGAAUUAAAUAAUUACAAUACUUAUAUAAUACUUAAUAUGUGCCAGGCAGUGUUCUAAGCACUUUACAUGCACUUUAACCUGCACAAUUAUCCUUUAAUGUAGGUGCUGUUGUCCCCAUUUUAUAGAUGAAACAGAAGCAGUGAGGAUGUAAGUUGCUUUAUAGCUUUUAAGUUGCAAAGUGGAUUUUGUUACAGAGACCCUAUAAAUCACAUUAUAGUCUCUCAAUAGUGUAGAGCCUAUCUUACAGGCUAUAGUAAAUCACAUCAGAUUGUAGUCGUUUUAUAGGCCAGGCAUUUUUCUUUCAUUUUACUUCCUUUGGUAAUGAACUUAAAAUAAGCCUCCUAGGCUCACCCUAUUAGCAAGCAACUAAAUCAUUUGGGGGAGUUUUGAGAACAUGGAGACAAAGAUAACAGGAGUUUACAGAUACAUGAGUUACAUAGUUACAUAAGUUAAGCGAAUAUUUUCAUAUACUUUGUGUCUAUAUCCUGUUAUCUUCUAAAAUAAAUGGUAAAACAAAAUUUUCAGGUCGAUAGGAGUGAACAUUCUUAAGAGCUAUAGCUUGCAUUUAAAAGGAUAAUUUUAAUUUUCUGAGGUAGUAUGAUAAUGUGGUGUUUUAAAUUUUAAAAUUAAAACAUGUUAAUGACCA